AUGUCUGAUUCCUCUAGCUCUGAAUCAUGCAACCCUAACAAGGAAGAUCCUGUGUCUGACUCUGCCAAUACCUCACAUGCAAGAAGACCUAAAGAAACUGUCUCAAGCUUCUCCUCAGGAAUCGCGCUUAAUGAACAAACCAGAGAAGGCUCCAGGUAUGUUCACAAUGCCAUUGCAACUAUGGUGACUGGAAUACUGUCUGGUAAUCAUAAGGUUCUUGGGGUCUCCAUUCCCUUAAACACUAUUGUACCUGAUAAUGUUGCUUGUCAAGAAAAUACAGUUUCCUUAGGAAAGAAUGUAUCUGAUGAUGCUGAGCAAACUGAUGCUCAUGAGGGGUCAAAUAUUGACAAACCCUUAGAUAAUGUGGGUGGUGAGCAAGUCCGUGUCACUCAUGAUGUCAGUGACAACCCUAACUGUGAAGCUGAAAUAGUAGACCUGGAGGAAUUCUUUGAUAAUGAGUUAUUGACCUCAGUUGUCCCUAGCAUAGCCAAAAGGGUCAGGACUAGGAGAGAAAAGAAAACAGUGGUGCAAAGGUCCCCCAAAAGGAAGAUUGAUGUGCCAACGUCUCCUAAUCCAAAGGUGGCAGAGAGUUCCCUCAAGAGGAAAGGUCAUGGUCCAACAAAAUAUUGGAGCAAAGGGGUGCCCAAGAAAAUGAAGACCAAGUGGAAAUAUGUUUAUCAUAAGAGGCUGGCUUUGGAAAGGGAAUUGGCUCAGAAUGUCCUGGAAUGUAAGGAGAUUGUAGACCUUAUUCAAGAGGCAGGGUUAAAGAAGAUUGUGACUCAGUUCUCAAAAUACUAUGAAAUAUUAGUAAAGGAAUUUAUUGUCUAUGUGUCUAAAGAAUGUGCUGAUGGAAAGUCCAAGGAAUUCAGAAAAGUAUAUGUGCGAGCUAAUCAAGUCAGGAAGUGGCCUCUCAAAGAUAAGUUGGUGGCCAGCAAACUAAGUGUCAAGUAUGCAAUGCUGCACAAAAUUGGAGUUGCUAACUGGGUGCCCACCAAUCACAAAUCUAAAGUGUUUGUAAUGCUUGGAAAGUUCAUAUAUGUUGUUGGAACCAAAGCCAAUUUUGACUAUGGAUCCUAUAUUUUUGAUCAAACCAUGAAGCAUGCAGGAAGCUUCAGUGUGAAGGGGCCUAUAGCCUUUCCUUCCCUCAUAUGUGGUAUUGUGUUGAAUCAAUUUCCAAACAUAUUAACAGAGAAUGAUUCUAUGAAGAGAAGAGACAGCCCUUUGGCCUUCAAUCAUAAACUGUUCCUAGGUAAGCAUGUUCCUGACAUUGCCAUGGCAACAGGAGAGACAUCAAGUGUUUGCAAACAACCGGGUAAAGCUGAUGUCAUUGCAAUACUCAAAGAAACGUGCAAGGAGUUAGAGGCACUGAAGCUCACGUUGGAAAAUUUGAUUAUCAAAUUGGAGAUGACUGAAGGUGAUGUGAUUGGUGAAGCUGUUGAUGCUGCAGAAGGAGCUGCAAGACAAAGUACAGAGGGUGAAGAGGAUGCCAGUCCUGAUGAUGGCACUGAUGAUGAUGCUGACUCUGAGUCAGAUGAAUAA